CGGUCAGCUGCGUCGCAUUUACUCGCCGCUUCCUGGUUCUCUUGACGUCUCAUUCCCCGUGACAAAUUCUUCUAAAUGCAUUGUUUCUCUCGCUGUUUCCCCUAACCUUCAAAGGGACUACACACAAAGACUUUUGCUCGGAUCUCCGCUGCGAUCAUGAACACGGAGAAGGACUUUACGCCGCUGACGCCUAACAUCGUCCGGGCUCUCAACGAUAAACUGUACGAGAAGAGGAAGGUGGCGGCCCUGGAAAUCGAGAAGCUUGUUCGCGAGUUCGUGGCUCAGAACAACUCUACUCAGAUCCGACACGUCAUCCAGAUCCUGGCGUCGGAGUUCGCUUUGUCUCAGCACCCGCACAGCCGCAAGGGAGGACUCAUCGGUUUGGCCGCGUGCUCCAUAGCGCUGGGUAAAGACUCGGGUCUGUAUUUGAAGGAGCUCAUCGAGCCGGUUCUCACUUGUUUUAACGACUCCGACAGCCGCCUGCGUUACUACGCCUGCGAGGCUCUCUAUAAUAUAGUCAAGGUGGCCAGGGGUGCAGUUCUGCCCCAUUUCAAUCUCCUUUUUGAUGGGCUGAGCAAGCUUGCAGCUGAUCCGGACCCCAAUGUCAAAAGCGGCUCAGAACUUUUGGACCGGCUCCUGAAGGACAUUGUGACUGAAAGCAACAAGUUCGACCUCGUCGCGUUUGUACCUCUACUAAGAGAGCGCAUUUACUCCAACAACCAGUACGCCCGGCAGUUCAUCAUCUCCUGGAUCCAUGUCUUGGAGUCCGUACCUGACAUCAACCUGCUGCACUAUCUCCCCGAGAUCCUGGAUGGCCUCUUCCAGAUUCUGGGGGACAACAGCAAGGAGAUCCGCCGGACGUGCGAGGUGGUGCUUGGCGAGUUUCUGAAAGAGAUCAAGAAGACGCCGUCCAGUGUGAAGUUUGCUGAGAUGGCCAACAUCCUGGUCAUCCAUUGCCAGGUGGCGGAUGAGACUAAGGUAACCAAUGACCUCAUCCAGCUGACUGCUAUGACGUGGAUGAGGGAGUUCAUCCAGCUGGCCGGCCGUGCGGUGCUGCCGUACACGUCGGGGAUCCUCACUGCCGUUCUGCCGUGCCUCUCCUACGACGACCGCAAGAAGAACACCAAGGAGGCGGCGAGCGCCUGUAACUACAGCUUGAUGAAGCUAGUCACUCCUGAGGACGACGAGGAUGAAGAAGAGGAGAGAAGCGCAAGUGUCGAGUCGCCGUCGAAAGAAGACAAGGUCGACGACGGCGGCGGCGACGUGCUGAACUCGUCGCAGGAAGCGGUGGGCUUCAGCAGCAUCAGCUUCUUCACCCCUGCCAGCAGCGACCGGUCUCAGGUGACCCUAGACUUGGACGGUAUCGUGCAGGUGCUGGACCGCCACCUCCAUGACACGUCUACGGGCAUGAUGACGCGCAUCGCCGUGCUCAAGUGGCUCUACCACCUCUACAUCAAAACUCCACGUAAGAUGUUCCGUCACACAGACAGCCUCUUCCCCAUGUUGCUCAAGACCCUCUCGGACGAGUCGGACGAGGUCAUACUCAAAGAUCUGGAGGUCCUGGCCGAGAUCGCGUCGUCGCCUGCCGGCCAGACGUAUCCGGCGGUGACCUGCGACGGGGUCGACAACGGACCCGCCCUCAAAGUGCCGAACAAGGCGGCCAAGACCGGGGGCGCCGAAUCCUCCCCGUCCACCCCGAGCAUGAACUCCUACUUUUACAAGUUCAUGAUCAAUCUCCUGAAACGCUUCAGCGCCGAGAGGAAGUUGUUGGAGAGCCGAGGGGCCUUCAUCAUCCGCCAGCUCUGCCUGCUCCUCCAUGCCGAGAACAUCUUCCACUCCAUGGCGGACAUCCUCCUCAAAGAAGAGGACCUGAAGUUCGCCUCCACCAUGGUGCAGACGCUCAACACCAUCCUGCUCACGUCGGCCGAGCUCUUCCAGUUACGCAACCAGCUGAAAGAUCUGCACACGGCCGAGAGCUGCGCGCUCUUCUGCUGCCUCUACCGCUCGUGGUGCCACAACCCCGUCGCCACCGUGUCGCUCUGCUUCCUCACGCAGAACUACAAACACGCCUACGACCUCAUCCAGAAGUUCGGCGGGCUGGAGGUGACUGUUGACUUCCUGAUGGAGGUGGACAAGCUGGUGCAACUGGUGGAAAGCCCCAUCUUCACCUACUUGCGCCUCCAACUGCUGGACGUGGAGAGCAACCCGUACCUGAUCAAGGCACUGUACGGACUGCUGAUGCUGCUGCCGCAAAGCCAGGCCUUCCAGCUGCUCUCGCACCGCCUGCAGUGCGUGCCCAACCCAGAGCUCAUGCGGACGGUGGACGGGCCCAAGCGCGCCGACGCCAAGGAACACGAUGCCCCGCACGCCCACGUGGACUACGGUGAACUGCUUCGCCACUUUGACUGCGUGCAGGGUCAACACCUGGAGGUACGGCACCAGCGCUCGGGGCGCGUGGCCGAGCCGCCCGACAGGAAGCUGAUAUGAGGUCGCCCCCAUACUGGAAAAAAACGAAACUUGAUGACUGGAACCAAAUAUGAGAUUAUUAUGAAGCUUGUACAUACACUGGCAUGACGAGAAUGUUCAGUUCACCUGUCUUUCUUUUUUGGUCCUCAUUACUCUUUUUGUUGUUUUGGUUAAAGUGCAUGAAAACUAAUUCACUGUCAUUUACUGAACUAUCAAGAAUUCAAUACAUUUCUCAAUGUUUAUUAUUGUGUGUUUUGAUUGAUUUUUUAAGUAGGUGCUUUGCCUUCAUUUUUUUUUUUUUUUAAACUUUUUGUGACAAAGUCUUACACUGCUGCCCUUUGUGAAUGAAAACAAUGUUGGGACUCGCCGUAAUACAAUCAUGAGUUUUCUGUCAGGCGGUACGAAGUAUAGUAUGAAGUAUUUUUUCCCCUCCUGUUUCUAAAUUCACUUGUUCCAUUCCAUGUAUUUCAAGCGAAACAUUUCAUGCCGUUGAGCACAAGGUUGAUUUGUCAUGUGAGCUAUGAGUCACAUGUUGAGCCAGCUUAACUUUUCCAUGUAAGACGAGGUACAUAUUCUCAGUAGGCCUUUUAUUCUUGUUACACACCGCUAGUUUUAUAGCAACAGCUGGCCUAACAUUCACUCUUUGUUUUUUUAAUGCUAAUACAUUCCUUGGCUUUUGGCGCUAUUCGUGUGUAAAGUUGCCAAUAAAGCUGGAACACACGAUGCUCUACGUGCCCUUAACCAAAAAGCAAAUAAAACUCGAAAAAGACAA